AUGAAUAGAUUGAUGAUAUUGAUUGAUAAAUUAGAAUCAGAUAAACAAGAUGCAUUAGAUAAUAUGAUUCAAACACAAGAACGACAAAAAGAUCGACAUAAUGAUCAUCGAAUAUCUGAAAGAUUAAAAAUUGGUGAAAAAGUGUUAGUCGAAAAGACAUGGAAACGACGUGAUAU